AUGACGCUGGAAGACUUUGAGAAAUCAUUGGCGCAGGAUCAGGAGAAGAGGAGAGAGACUAGUGAUAGGGAUCGGAGCCACCGAGACCGUGAUCGCGACCGCAGCAGAGAUCGAUCAUCGCGACACCAUCGUCAUCACCGGUCCAGCCACCACCGACGCCAUUCGUCCCGAUCUCGCGAACGAGAAAGCGGAAGGGAUCGCGAAUCCCGACACAGAGACGAUGAUGGUCACAGACACAAGCGCUCGCGCCGCUCAGGUGACCAAGGGGAUGAUGAAGACCAUGAACAUAAACGUCGACACCGUUCCAGUCGCGACGAAGAGUCUUCUGCGCCUAAAACGGUCACUCAAGAGGAACCUAGUGAGCUGAAGCGUGACUCCUGGAUGGAAGCACCUUCUGCACUCGAUAUCGAUUACGUUCAGCGACGGAAUACUGGACAGGUGGAAGAGGCGCCGAAGGCUACAAUGCUCCAAGCUGACUUUGAACUCAAGAUCCACGACAAAGAGCUCAACAGCCACCUCCGUGACCUUAAGGAAGGAAAAUCCCUGGACGAUAUUGAAGAGGAAUCGUCCCAGCAUGAAGUGGAUUACACAUUUGGAGAUUCAGGAUCUCAGUGGAGAAUGGCCAAGCUCCAAGGUAUCUACAGAGAAGCUGAAGAAACCGGCAAACACGUUGAUGAUGUUGCCAUGGCACGCCUUGGUGACCUGCGGGCAUUCGAUGAUGCCCGGGAGGAGGAAACUGAAAUGGAUCGACGCAAGAUGUACGGCAAGUCUUAUGUGGGAAAAGACAAGCCGAGUGGAGAGCUAUUUCAAGAGAGAAAGCUCAGGAAUGAAAUUCGCCGAGACCCACAAGAACAUCUUCGCGAUCCAGCAGAAGAGCUCAAAGCAGAGGGUCAGGGACAAAAAAUGGACGUUGUGCCGCCCGCAAACACCACACAGCCUUUGGACCCCACAGCUUUGAAUCGUCUGAAAGCGCAGAUGAUGAAGGCAAAACUGAAGAAGGCCCCGAAUGCGACUGAGCUCGAGGAGCAAUAUAAUGCUGCAGCUGCCGCUAUGUCUAACCGCAAGGAGUCUGAUGUGGUUGUGCUAGGCGUCCAACAGAACCGUAUGUUGGCGGGCGCGCGGAAUGAAGUAAUUCCCAUUGAUAACAAGCGAGGCCGCGAAAGGGGUCUGGUGCAGGCGAACGAAGACAUGUCCAUUGAAGAUAUGGUUCGCGAAGAACGCAAAACUCGCGGCCAGGCUGGAGGAGAGGGCAAGCGGUUAGCAGAGCGCAUUGCGGGUGAUGGAAAAUUCGAGAAUGAACUUGAGUAUAUGGACGACAAUGCCUCCAAGCUGGCAAAGAGAGUUCAUCGUUCUGAAAUUGACAUUAAGAACGCGACAGUCAAUGACUUCCGUAAGAUGAACAAGAUCUUGGACAACUGCCCGCUAUGUCACCAUGAAGACACCAACACGCCCCCUAUUGCUCCAGUGGUUUCUCUCGCCACAAGAGUUUUCCUCACCCUUCCUACUGAGCCCGAAAUCAGCUCUGGCGGCGCCACAAUUGUUCCCAUUCAGCAUCGAAACAACCUAAUAGAAUGCGAUGACGAUGAAUGGGAGGAAAUUCGCAAUUUCAUGAAGAGUCUUACGCGCAUGUAUCACGAUCAAGGCCGGGAUGUUAUUUUCUAUGAGAAUGCAGCCCAGCCACAGCGCAAGCGUCAUGCUUCUAUGGAAGUGGUUCCUCUUCCGUACAGCCUUGGAGAAACGUCUCCUGCAUUCUUCAAAGAAGCAAUCCUCAGUGCCGAAUCCGAGUGGUCUCAACAUCGCAAGCUUAUCGAUACUCUUGCAAAGGCCAAACAGGGUUUGGGACGAUCCGCCUUCCGGAAGACUUUAGUGAAAGAAAUGCCCUACUUCCAUGUCUGGUUCGAAUUGGAUGGUGGCCUAGGACAUAUUGUUGAAGAUGAAAACCGCUGGCCUCGUGGUGAUCUAUUUGCUCGGGAAGUCAUUGGAGGUAUGCUUGAUGCAGCUCCCGAUGUCAUCAAACGCCAGGGCCGCUGGCAACGUGGAACCGAUCGACGGGUUGAACCGUUCAGGAAACGCUGGAGAAAGUUUGACUGGACUCGUAUCCUAGUUGAGGGAUAA